GAGACGGUGGUCGUUGUCACCGACACAGAGAUGCUAACGUGACCACCCACGUCUCCCGUGUGGCCCUUUUAGCACGUGUAAGCUAGCGUGUUAUAAUUAAUAGUGUAAAAAGUAAUGAUAUUGCUUAAUGUUGGGGAUUAAAAGGCUUCUCAGGAGAGGUUUAUACACAAAAAAGCAUCAAUUUCACCUGCAGGUGGGCUUCGAGGAGUGUCGUGAAUGUUGUAGUACAAGAAGUUGGCGUCUCCUUUCAAUUUGACCCCAAAACGAUUAUCACCCACAAGAAGGUGUGGUCACACUUUGUGCCGCCCCUUGACCCCUCCCCACGGUGCAGGCGUUAAAACUCCCGAGUCUUGAUGUCGGCUCUGCAGUCCCAGGGCACAGUGCGCGGCUCCAACGACAGAGCGGCGAUCGGCUCCUCUUCCGCUCACUCGAAGCCUGCCGCUGCGUCCUCGAACAAAAUGCUGGGAUUCGAAGGAAUCGGGACCAUGGACUUCUGGAGGGCCGUGAUCGCGGAAUUCCUGGCCACGCUUCUAUUUGUGCUCUUCGGUGUUGGCUCCACCAUGAACUGGUUCCCAGUUGGGAUGUCUAAUCCUCCGCCGGCUGACCUUGUCCUUAUCUCGCUGUGCUUCGGCUUGGCCAUCGCCACCAUGGUGCAGUGCUUUGGCCACAUUAGUGGUGGACACAUCAACCCCACCGUCACCUUGGCAAUGCUGGUCACCAGAAAGAUCAGCUUGGUGAAAGGGCUACUGUACAUGGUGGCCCAGUUCGUGGGAGGCAUAGCGGGAGCGGGUCUCAUCUUCUUCGUCACACCUGCUGCCAACAGGGGGACAUUAGGCGUCUGCAUGGUGCACAAAGGCCUGACUGCAGGACAUGGCCUACUUGUGGAGCUGAUUUUAACCUUUCAGCUCGUCUUCACCAUCUUUGCUACUUGUGACUCCAAACGCACGGACCUUGGGGGAUCUGCUAGCUUGGCCAUCGGUAUAUCUAUAACCAUUGGGCACUUGAUGGGGAUUCCUUACACAGGAGCCAACAUGAACCCUGCUCGUACUUUUGGUCCAGCAGUGGUCAUGCUUAAUUUCCAGGACCAUUGGGUGUACUGGGUAGGACCCAUCCUGGGUGCCCUCCUCGCUGCCCUCCUCUAUCAGUACCUGUUCUGCCCGGAGCGUGACUUCAAACCCAGCCCGAGCCAGGUCAUUCCAAAGGACCAGGCCGGCAACUACAGGGAGGUGGACAAGGACGAACACGGCAUCAAGCCGGGCUCCGUGCAGACGGGCUCCGUGCAGCCCGUCAAGAAGAAGAAGAGAACUGAAAGAAAAGACCCGUCCAACGUAUGAUAAUCCCGAGUUUUUUGGCGUCCCGUUGACUCCCCACAUUCCUUUUUUAGGAUCGUUCAUCUUUGAAGCCUUAAUCGUAAAGUCCUGAAGCACUGAACACUUAGAUGAAGGCUUGCAGUACAUUAAAGAGUGUAAGUUCAAGCAGUUUAAUCAUCACCAAGAAUGAAGAAGAACAUUUGGCCUUGUUAUUUUCGGAUUAGUGUCACCUUUAGUCCGUGUGAGGACUUCUCCAAGAGAUAAGAAUGUUAACGUGCAACCGACUGCUGCGUUUGUCAGUCGUCCCUCGUUUCAAUCCAUUCAUUUUCUACCGCUUGUCCCUUUCGGGGUCGCGGGGGGCGCUGGAGCCUAUCUCAGUUUAUUACAGCUAAUUUGUUCCAGUCCUGUUUGGUAAACACAUUUUUCACUAAGUAGGAUUAUUAUUCAUAAAAUAUUUUCAGCAUUAAAAAAAAAACUACCACAUUUUUCGGACUAUAAGGCACAUUUAAAAUCUUUUCAUUUUCUCAAAACUCGACAGUGCGCCUGAUAACCCGGUGCGCCUAAUGUGCAGAAUCAUUUUGGUUGUGCUUACUGACCUGGAAGCUAUUUUAUUUGGUACAUGGUGAAAACGUGUGACCAUUAGAUUAGCAGUCACACAAGAGAUACGUGCAGACUACAAUAUGACUCAAGUAAACAACACCAACAUUUUAUAUGUUCCAUUCAAAAAUCUAUCAAAACGUUUUAGUACGACUUUGGUAAGCUAUGAAGCCGCACCGCUUGAUGGAUUGUACUGUGCUUCAAAAUACGAGUAUUAGGAGAGUAUAAGGUAAGACAUAUUAUCUGCCGUCUUUUUACGCAAUAGUAUGCAAAAGCAACUUUACUUACUUUCUGGUACCUGCUGAUCUGUAUUUGGGAUCUGCAUAAGUGCUGAAAAUUUGCACGAGUCCGCUUUUGUAGUCUGCAAACACUGUAGUCGUUAAGCUUCUUCUUUAUCUCUAUCUUCUUGUUAUGGGACAUUCACCCUCCGCUGUUGCCAUUUCUAAUAUAAAGUAGUGUAAAGUUCCUACUUAUAUCUGUCAGUAAACUCACCAUGAAAUCGCUAAAACAUACCGGUGUAGUGAGUUUACAUUAUUCAUCAGAAUCAGAAUCAGAAUCAGCUUUAUUGUCAUUACGCAAGGUAACGAGAUUGAGGGAACUUUAGUUAAAGAGAGUUUUCGGUCGGACGUUUUUUCACGGGACACAUUUCUGGAUAGUGAGCCACGUAUGAGGAGAUGCUACUUGAUUGAAGUAAAGUCUGAAUGUCAUUAAAACAGUUAGCUCCAUCUUUUGACACUUCUUCCACUCCCGUCCUUGCACGCUACACCGCUACAACAAAGAUGACGGGGAGAAGACGCUGUCGAAGGAGAGCCACGUAAAUAAGACCGCCCACAAAACGGCGCAUCCUGAAGCGACUGUCUGAAAGCGGCUUGAAGAUGAUCUGUAAAACAUCAUCUAUGCAACAUUUUGACCAAAGAACCACCAUUACAUGUUAUGUAGACCACAAGGAAGUCUUUUUACAUUUAGAAAAAAAAAGAUAAUAAUAUGACUCCUUUAAUGCGCCCUAUAAUCCGGUGCGCCUUUUGUAUGAAAAUAGACCUGACUUGACCCGCUCAACGGCAGUGCGCUUUAUAAUCCGGUGCGCCCUUCGGUCCGGAAAAUACGGUAUAUGUUUUGUUAACAUACCCUAUUUUCCGCACUAUAAGGCGCACCUAAAAAACCUCCAAUUUUCUCAAAAGCUGACUGUGCCUUAUAAUCCGGUGCACCUUAUAUAUGGACCAAUAUUGAGCCACAACAGGUCUCGCAACCCCAGCCUCUACUGUAGCGUCUAUUCUAUGCGCCUUAUAAUGCGGUGCGCCUUAUAUAUGAACAAAGUUUUAAAAUAGGCCAUUCAUUGAAGGUGCGCCUUAUAAUCCGGUGCGCCUUAUAGUGCGAAAAAUACGGUAAUUAGAGCCCUCUAGUUAGCGCUGACACCAUCUGCAGUCAACUUGUCGUUACGACCAUUCUCUGUUAGCAUUCGGAGCUGGGAAUGACGUCACCGCCGAGUUGUGAACGUUCCAUUUAUGAUGUCUGAAAUCAAGAUGGCCAUAUCCACGAAAGUCAAUAUUUGCGCUUGCCUUGCCUGAAUAUAAAGAAGUUAUGGGAAAAUAUGCACCCCUCCUGCAACCUUCCAACACAGUGGAGCAAGAGGAAACAGACGCUAUUGCGAGCGAUGUACAGCGUGAAAUAAAUGUAGUGUAAACUACAGUGAUGUUACCAGUAUGUAGACGUGCAACAAUACAUUGUAUAUAAAUGUUUUACUGCGACAAAAACUAAUCAGAAGUGCUAAUAACGGAUAU